GAAAGUUUCAUGUUCCAUGUGCUCAGUCUCAAUUUCAAUAAGACGCCCUAAAACGUUUUAUGAACACGUUAAGUUCAGCCAUGGUAAAUCGGCAGGUUUUCAUGUUGUUUGUAAACAUCCAGGUUGCGACGGUGUGUACCAUUUAUUCGCGUCAUUUAAAAGGCACUGGAACAAAUGCCAUCCAGAAACUUCGACAGUUAGACAAAAUGCUGCUGCUGUUCAAACCAUUAAUGACAAGGCUAGUGAUCCCGCGUCCAUUGAAGAUGUGGUUGUUGCUAGUAGUAACACAACUGAUGACGUCAGGGCUGGUCUUGAACAAUCAUCAGCUGAAGAUAGGCAUGAUUUUGAUCACGAACAACAACCUUAACAUUCUGGCCAGCAAAAUUUGGUUCCUGCUCAUCGUGAAAUUGAAUCCCUCCUUUUCACUCCUGGUGCUGCGUUUAGUGAAUUUGAAUGGGAGGCUGGCUUGCUACUUAUAUUGCGACAAAGAUAUUUCCUGGCCUACGAGGCCCUGCUCUUUGUGUCUGAGUCCAUCCAUGAGCAUUAUUCAAGAAAUAUGGCCAUCGUUCAGGAAAAACUUGCUGCCCUAUUAUCUACUGAAGUAACUGGUAGUACCAAGUUUAAAGCAGCUUUCCUGCGAAUCAACCAAGAAGAGCAGCUCACUCGUCAUCGACUAGAGAAAAUUUGGACAAACUUCUUUCCUACUAUUAUGCCAAAGUCGGUCAUUCUCAAUCAAGAUGAGCCUUUGUAUGAAUGGAUAAAAGAUGAGAAACUUUUUUGAACGAGGUCUUCAAGACAGGGUAUGUAGUACCCUUUUUUAGAGUCCUUACAACAGUUUCUGUCAGUAAAAGAAGUGGACAGCGCUGUACUGUCAAGUUUCCAAUCUCACACAACCGAUAUUGAGAAUUACUACUCUGAUAUUUGGGACGGAACUUUUGUUAAAAGUAUCCCUAGUUUCAUUCGUGAAAAUGGUGCAAUCCUUUGCUUUCAAAUUUACAUGGACGAAGUUGAGCUCGCAAACCCUUUGGGUAGUAAAAGGGAGGGUAAACAUAAAGUUUCCGUAUUUUACUGGGUGUUGUUGAACCUCCCUCCUCAGUUUCGCUCAUCCCUGCGUAGCAUUCAAUUACUUGGGAUCGUCAGCUGUGAUUUGUUGAAGCAACGUGGGUCUGAUGUUUUUUUAAGAUCUUUUAUAGAGGAUUUGAUUCGUUUUGAAAAUGGUGUAACUCUAACAGUCCGGAACGAAAAAAAAAAGUGGUUUGGUGUUUUACUGAAUUUUGCUGGUGAUAUGCCAGCCUACAACUUUGUGGGUGGGUUCAAAGAAUGGGUGGGUUUUGCUAAAUCUCCAUGUAGAACUUGUACUAUUCAUCGUGACAACUUGGAAACAAUUCAUUGCGAAAUCGAUUGCAUUUUACGUGAUAAAUUGUCCCAUGAAAAACAAGUUUUGGAAUUAGAAAUAGUCGAUCAAACACAAGCCGCAAGAGAUGCUUUGUCUUGUCAGUACGGUGUAAAUCGUAGGUGUCCUUUUUCCGUUUUGAGAUACUUUUAUGCCACUAAAUGUUUCAUGCAUGAUCUUAUGCACAUUUUUUAUGAAGGAACUCUAAAUCUCGAAACAGCUUUACUGCUUCGAGUUCUCAUACCUGAUGACUCAUACAUUAUUGCAACAGUUAAUUACAACAUCUCAACGCUUAAGAGUGGCCGAGAGUUCACAUCUCCUCCUCCAUUUAGAAAAAGUGAAAUAUUGGAUUCAAAAAAGUUGUCUUUCUCGUCUUCCGAGAUGUCAUCAGUUGCAAUGUGUCUUGCAAUUGUUUUGGGGGAAUUUGUUAGUAGCGAAAAUCCUUAUUUUGCAAACUUCCUUCUGCUUCUCGAAAUAAUGACGUCCCUUCAGUCUUAUUCCUUUACUGAAAAGCAAUUGGCAGUGCUACAGAAAAAUAUCGAGAUUCACAACAAAAAUCAUGUGUUUUUAUAUCCGAAGCCAACUGAUUCCGCUGGAAAAGCGAUCUUUUCUAAACUACAUACACUUAUCCAUUUUCCCAGCCAAAUCAAACAGUUUGGCCCCCCCGCUUCUCGUGGUGUUUCCGUUAUGAGUCAAAGAACGCCCCGUUUAAGAAAAUUAUGCGAAGGAAUUGUAACUUCCAUUACGUCCCUUGGACGUUAGCCUCUCACCAUCAAAAACUUGUUGGCAUGGACAUAAGAAUUGAUGGCGAAGGUCACUAUUUUGGUAAAUUUGAAGAUUAUUCAGUAAAUGAAAGCCAUACCCCUUUUGCUGUGAAAUAUGCGCGAUGGUGUAAUAUCUUGUGCGACGCUACUCCAUUGG